AUGAAUAAUGAUCCACCUUUAACAAAUCUACUUGAUAAUGGCAAUCAAGAUAGAUCAAUUAAAACUAACGAUGACAUGAACAUUCAAACAUCUACAUCUAGUAGUCUUUAUGAUAAUAAUCCUCCUGUAGAAAAUCAACCAAAGCAUAAUACACGUAUAACCGGUACAUUAUUAUUAGCCGUAUUGGCAGCAAUUAGUGGAACCUCUUUUCAUUUUGGUUAUGCAUCUGGUGUUUUAAAUGCCCCACAAGAUGUGAUAGAAGCAUUUAUUAAUGAAACAAACCAUAGACGAGAUAAAACUGCAAAUAUGAGUCAAUCAACUAUAACAUUAAUUUUUUCUUUAGCUGUAUCUAUCUUUGCGCUUGGAGGUAUGAUCGGUGGCCUAUUCGGUGGUAUUAUUACUAAUAGAUUAGGACGGAAAGGUGGAAUGUAUUUAAAUAAUGUUAUAUCUUCAAUUGCAUGCAUAUGCAUGUUUCUUUCAAAACCUAUCUAUUCCUAUGAACUAUUAAUUAUUGGACGAUUUUUAAUUGGACUUGCUUGUGGUUAUGGUUCAUCGGUUGCACCAACUUAUAUCAAUGAAAUAUCACCAAGAAAUUUACGUGGCACACUAGGUGCUUCAUUUCAAUUGGGAAUUGUUGGUAUACUUUUUGUUUCACAAGCAAUUAGUUUACAUUCAAUAUUAGGCUCUGAAGAUAAAUGGCAUUAUGCAUUGGGUUUACCAAUUGCAUUUAGUAUUAUGCAAGUAAUAUUACUUUUCUUUGUACCAGAAAGUCCAAAAUAUUUAUUAAUUAAAAGAAAUAAUUUAAUUGAUGCUGAUAAAGGUUAG